CGAGAAAGACCUGAUUGAAUGUGAACCAGCAGUGUUUACUGAAUAUGGCCACGCUGGGUCCGGCUGUCUCCUCCCUCCGCUCCUCCAUCUCCCUUCUCGAAUCCAGUAUCUCGAUCCUCGACGAAGGCGUCUCAGACUUCCCUCGCCUGUGCAAAGUGCUACAGACCCAACAACACUUCGAACUCCUUCCUGAACCCACCCUCCGUGAAGCUCAGCAGUCUUUGGUCGAUGAGAUUGUCCCAGCUAUCAACCAACUAUUGUCCACAGCGGAGAACUACAUCAACCAAUUGGGAAGAAGAGAAGAGAGUCUCAAAGCGCGAUCGGAAUUGCUCGAGGGGAGGCUGAACAGCAGUAGAAGGAGGACGUCGAGUUUCGGCGGUAGCAAUGGUGCUCGGUCUUUCCGCAAUACGCAAUCAGGUCAGCCUGCGGCGCCCUUGACCGAUGCCAGGACGUUGGAGAUGAAGCGUCUACAGCAGAAGAAAGAGAGACUACAAUAUGCCAUUGAGCGAUUGGAGCUGCAGAGUAAACAAAGAGAAAGAGAAUUGAGAAAGAGCAUGGCUAUUGUGAAUGAGUGAUCUGAACGCCACAGGGGUAGAAAGAAGGAAACAGAUUCAUAUCCUUCAACGAACCAACUCGACAGAAACUUUGGCUGGAGGCCCAACGCCCAAAGCUGGGAAACAGAUCCCACACUACAAUGCCGGCAACUCUGCCAAACUCCAUGAAGGAUCACUCAAGAUUACAUACCGAAUAGCCAUCACACGGGACGCCCACGGCGCUUGGAGCGGAGGCGGCACUGAAGACAUCGUGCAUGAUAGUGGCGAAAGCUUUUCGAGCACUCAUGUGGGUAAUGUGAGAUUGCGAGAAGGGAUCACAAGAAAUUCUGUCUUAUUGCAAGAAUCUUUUAUUAUUAUAACAUGCGGGAAGCCAUGUUGACUUGUGUCUGCUCAUGCGAUUCUCGUACACUGUGAGAUCGGGUUUCGAGACACCGCGCAGCAGAUAGAGGGUCGCAGACUGCAGGGAAAGCGUUCUAGUUAUUGGCGGGAAGAAUUGCUCGUGGCAGAAAAAGUCAGCAAGCUGGAAGGAAAGCAGCAAUGCGGAAGGGGUAUCUCAUCGCGCAAGAAAAGAAAUAUCCGGCAACCUCGUGUCGGAAGGGAUGGGAUCAUGGAAAGUCCAACUAACACCCAGCGAUGCGUUUCAGCGUCAUCGCUGGCCCAAACCUGGGGUUCCCUCGGGCCCAACGAAGAGUUCGAGCAGAUCGGCAAGGGGCUAAGCGAUUGACGCUUUGUCUCCUCAAUCCAAAACAUGUAGAAGGACACUGACCGCCGGGUCAGAGCAUGUCUUCUGAACUGGCGGAGACUUCGGAAUAUAUGGUUGAGAUUCCUC